GCAGUAAAGAGCUAUGGCAUGAGAUGGUGGGAUUCUCUCCUCUUUCUCUCUUCGUUUCAGUUAGUGUUUGCCUUAAGCUAUAGACCCCUCUCCCGAGACUGAAGCUCUAGCUGUCCUGGGCCCGCAUAAUGUCCGUCCCCUGGCAGCCCGAGCCGUCCGCUCUUCACCAAAUAGUCCAAUUACUCAAAGAGAGCCAGCACUCGAACAACGAGACUCAGAGAACAGUCCACGAGCGUCUGCAAACUCUUAACCAGUUUCCUGAUUUUAAUAGCUACCUCGCCUACGUCAUGGUUCACUUAAAAUCGGAAGAUGAACCAACUCGCUCUGUCGCUGGCCUCAUUUUGAAAAAUAACGUACGAGAGUAUUACUUGAGUUUUCCUGAUCAAGUCAAGUCUUAUGUUAAAGAACAGUGCCUCAGUGCUAUAGGGGAUGCCUCUGCUUUGAUAAGAGCC